AUGUUCCCUCAAAUAACCCCAAUCCUUCCAUUUCCACCAACUUCUUUAAUUCCCCACCAAUUUAUUUUACAAAAAACAAAUAAUAAUUUAAUAUUUCCACCAACAACAAAACAACAACAAAUAAUUAAUAAUUUAAAUAAUUUAAAUAAUAUUCCACAAAAAUCCUUAGAAAUAAUAAAAAUUUUAAAUCAAAUAUAUUCUAAUAACAAUACAACAACAAAUGAAAUUAAUAACAAAACAAAUUUUAUUUAUUCUUUACUUUCUUUAAAAGGAUUAACACCAACACCAACAACAUUACAAUUACCAGAGAAUACCUCCAUUAAUUUACUUCAAAAUUCUCCUUUAAAACCAACAAAUUCAGACAUUUUAAAAUCUUCAACUGGGCCAGCAAAAACAUUAAAAAAUGAAAAUAUAAAAAAUUCCCCAGUCAUUUCCCCAUCUUCGUCAGCAUUUUUUGUUGAACGUUUAUUACCCCAAACUCCAACAAAAAAUAAAGAAAUUAAUAGUUUAUCGCCAACAGAUUCAUCAUUAGCUACAAAUUCUUCUUUUAAUGAUAGUAAUAUUCCACAAAUUCAACGUCUUUCCCAACCGUCAGCCAUAUUUCCUAAUUUGCCUUUAUUGCCACAAACAACUUUAGUAAAUGUAGCAGCUAUUGCCGCAAAAAAUGCUUCAACUUGUAAUUGGGAGUAUGUAAAUGGAGGUUAUGGUGUUAAAAAUCCUUUACUUCAAAAUGUACGGAUGGAGAAUUUUGAGGAUUUAAAUAAUUCUAAACCUUCAAUUACUAAAAUCUCUUGUGAAUCAAAAUCUAAUAAUUCUUCUUUAAGUUGUCAUACUUGUGGAAAGAAAUUUCAUUUACAAAGGUUAUUAAAUAGACAUAUAAAAUGUCAUUCUGAUCUCAAACGUUAUCUUUGUACAUUUUGUGGGAAGGGAUUUAAUGAUACUUUUGAUUUAAAAAGACAUACAAGAACACAUACUGGUGUCCGGCCUUAUAAAUGUAAUUUGUGUGAAAAAUCCUUUACUCAACGUUGUUCUUUAGAAUCACAUUUAAGAAAAGUACAUGGCCAAAGUCAUUCUUAUGGUUAUAAAGAAAGAAGAAAUAAAGUUUUUGUUUGUGAAGAAUGUGGAUUUACAGCUCCAAAUUAUGAUGAUUUUGUUGGACAUACACAAAGAUUACACCCUUUAAGUGCUGCGCUAAUAAAACUCAAAAAUAAUAAUUUAAAUAAAAGAAUUGUUAGUAAAUGA